CUCUCCGUUUUCCUAGCCCGCCCCCUGCGGGGCUCCAGCCCGGAGCUUCCCGGAAGACCGAGGCUUAAGCCCACGAAAGUCACGCUCGGGAGAAGGAGCGACGGCCGCCAGGGACGCGGGGGAAUCGCCUCUGCUGGAACUGCCUGCGGAAGCCCCACCGGCUAGCGGGAAGAAAUGGCCACCAGUGUGACAGACCAUGAAAAUGUAAGGAUCAUCACACAAGUCGUCCAACAAACAGAUCCGCAGGCUGUUGCUAGUGUGCUUGGGAAUACAUCCAUUGCAUCACAGCUCAAGCCAUCGCAGAGCCAAAGGCUGAAUACGCUGCCAAAGGCACUCGGGGUUGUGCAGAUUGUGUUGGGGGCUAUACAGAUAUGCUUUGGCAUUGCUCUGACAGAAGCACAAAAGAACUUUAAGAGCUUCACUGUGAAGAGUGCAGUCUACUUCUGGAUUGGGAUCUUGCUGUUGUUCUCUGGGUCCUUGUUGGUGGAAAUGGAGAAAAGAAAGCAUGCAUGGCUGGUGAAAGCCUCUUUCUUUGCUGGCUUGUUAGUCAGUGUGGCUGCAGUGAUUGCAGUCAUCCUCCAUGUUAUUGAGAUUUUACAAGAAAAGAGAAAAGGAAAUCCAUGUGAUAAGCAUCCUGACAAAGAUUGUGUUGCUAGUAGUCAGUUGAUAAUAUACAGUCUGAACUCAGUCUUCAUCAUCCUUUCACUCCUUGAACUGUCUGCAGCUGUCACUGCAUUGGUGACUGGAUUUAAAGACAGAAGACAGCAACCUUAUCAAGAGAUGUUAAUGUGAUUGAAUAGAAGCCUCUCUCUUCUCUGGCUGUCACACAACUUGCAGCAGAAUGAAGUACGGGGCACAAAAUUGUUUGCCUGCUUGAAGCCACAUGGCAGAGAAGUUUUCACCAUCUCUUCACCUGCCCAAGAUGGAUUGGAAGAAAAAACCACUUCUGAAUUCUGCUGGUCUUUUCCAUUUUGUGCCUCUCUAGAAAGAGACAAGCUCUAGCUUUGUGAAAGAGACAGCCAACCAAACUGGCCUGCAUCCAACAUGACAAUUUUCAUGGAAUUGAUAUUAUAAUAAUCCCUGUGACAGGAUACAGCUCACUCACUGUAUUUAAACUGAAAGUGCAUUUGAAUUUUCAAGAAACAAUUAGAACUAAAUAGCCAUUUUGAAAACUGUUUGUGUAUCGGGGGAAGAGUGAACUGAUGUGGAAUUUUUAACAAUCACACAAGUGCAUUUCCACAAAUCGUUACUGUUAUAUGUUCUCACAGAGGAAAGUAUCUGUCUUAGAACUGGUUUGUAGCCAGAGGAGAAACAAACAAAUCUUUUCUCCGCCUACUGAAGACUUUACCUUUUCCAUUCUGCAGCUCACUCCAGGAUUCCAAAAACCACCAUGCUAUAUAACCUUCCCUAGAGGAAAGUACCAUUAAAUUCAAUAAGACUAACUUUUCAGCAGUUGUAUAUGGGAUUGCUGUGCAAGGCUGCAGUCCUGACCCCAAACAUGACAAAAUACAGUGGGGCAUAUUUCUCAGCAGACAUGAAUAGGACUCAGUGGCAAAGGAGGGAAAGGAACUGCUUUGACUGUUAGGGCCCAGAAUAGUCACCUUCUGAUGGACUAUUGCAGAAGGAACAUAGCUCAGCAGGGGAGCACAUGCUGUACAUGCAGGGGGUUCCAGGUUCAACACCCAGGUAGGUGUGGAAAGAUCCCAAUGAAAACUAGGGAGGGCCACUGCCAGUGGAACUGUAGACCACUGGUUCUUAACCUUGGGUUACUCAGGAGUUUUGGACUGCAACUCCCAGAAGCCUUCA